AUGACCUUAACCAAAGUGCCAGAUCAAAUGCCGCGCUACCCGCCUGAUCGUUGGUUUGAUUAUACCGCACUGGGUGUCCCAGUUAAAGGGACGCGUUUGCUUCCUAUAAAACUACCCAUACCAUCAGAAAAGUCCUACAAUAUCCCUCCUCAUUUAAGAUUUACACUGAGUGACCUUAUUGAUUGUGUUCAAUCAUGCAACCAGAAGUUGACAUGUGUCAUAGAUCUGACCUAUACAAAAUAUUACUCUACAAAGUUCCUUCAUGAUAAUAACAUAAGUUACCAUAAAAUAUAUGUGGAAGGACAUGCAGUCCCAAACUCAAAAACUGUUGAACAGCAAGUUUUUUCAAGUUCAGAAUCUAUGUUUUAUAGGUUCAUCGACCUGGUUAACAAGGAGCGUGAACAAUCCCCAGAUGGCAUAAUUGCUGUACACUGCACACAUGGCGUAAAUCGAACGGGUUACUUAAUAUGCAGAUACCUUAUCGAUUUUAUGAAUAUGAAUCCUAAAGAUGCUCUUAGAGAAUUCGAAUACGCACGCGGUCAUCCUGUUGAAAGAAAAAAUUAUAUUGAAGAUUUGUUGAAUUCCGUCUGUAAAUUAAAGGUCUCAAACGUUGAAAAAAACAGAAGUGCGUGA